AUGAAGAGAAAAGGUGUGCUACUGAUAUCGGAUAUAGUUUCUGCAGCAGAAGAAAAUCCGAAGGAGGAAACUGAACAACAGGCAAGCCCAGUUUCCUCUAAGGAAGCACCGAAACACCGAGCGGAGUUAGAUCUGUCUCAAUUGAGUUCUCGGUCUACCUCUCAUUCUCAGUCUCAGGAAAGAUCCCAUAACCUGUCCCAUGAAGGCUAUAAUAUGCUUGUCCAACCUCCUAACGUACAGGAGACACAUAUGCUGCCUGAAACAAUUCGUAAUAACCAGGAUCCCCGAUACAUUCGGGCCAAUCCCCCUUUAAUACUAACAAUGAGUUCUCCAAGUAGUAAUAAUUUGAUAUACCCUCAGUCUGCUAUUAAUGUCACUGGCACAAUGUUGUUACCUGUCAAUUCGUAUAACCAUGUAGCCUUGCCAAUAUAUAGACCAAACUUUAUGCAACAGAAUCUGCAUCAACAACAGCAUCAGCAAGUACAGUACCAAGGGCAACUUCAACUUCACACUAGUAGUCUGCAGUUCAAUGGCCAGCAGCAGCAGUUAUUACAGCAGCAUAGGUCGGAACAACGCCAGCAUCAACCUCAGAUCGAACACCGACAUUAUCAAUUUGACCGUCGUCAGCAACAACAAGAGAGUCAGCCACAACUACAACUACAGCAACCACAACAACAGAUGGACCAACAAAUGCAACACUUGCAGCAACAACAAUUGCAGCAAGUGCAACACGAGGCUCUGCCAUUGCAUCGCCUGCAAGCUUUAAAUCAGCAUCUGCAGCGACUACAAUUAUUAGAACACCGACUGCAAGAGCAACAUCGAUUACAGCAAGAGCAGCUUCACCAUCACGAAACUCUUCAUCUACAACACCAACAGCAAGUGUACUCUCAUAAAGAGAAAGAUAUAGCCUACCUUACUUCACAAAGUCACAAGGUUGAUAACCCAACCCAUGAAAUCCACCAAAAUAAACGAAAGAAUUCUCUGUCCACAAGGGCUAACUCUGAAAUCGGCCAAGGGGGUAGUACACCGAAACAAAAGGACUUUGAGCAUCAGUUAAGGCUUGAAGGAACUGCUCCCAAACAUCGAAAUAGUUGUACACGGUGUAGAAAGCUAAAGAAGAAAUGUGAUAAGCAGGAAUUUCAGUGUCAGAAUUGUAGAAAGUUUUCAUUAUCGUGUGUUUACCUCCCAAGAAAACAAAGGAAGCGAGGAGAAAGAAGAAGAAGGAAACAACAGAAUAGUCUGGGUCUAGAGGGAGACAUUUCUGGCGGUAAAAAGAAGAGUAAGCUCGAAUCCAAUAAUGAGGUUCGAUGA